AGUAAAGACUGCCAUCUCAGGUAUAUAAGGAAGCAUCUCCUCGGUGGUGGCAUCCCCCUGUAACUUCAAAGUCACUGUGUGCCUUCUCCUGUUCACUCAUUUUACUAUACACUCGCUUUUCUGGGCUGGCCCCUUUGCAUUCACUUAACCAAACUUCUGUUCACUUUCCUCUUUUCUUCAACAUGAAGCUUUCUCUUCUUGCUGCCGCGGCUAUCGCACCCCUGGCGUCGGCCCAUUACUUCUUUGACACCCUGGUCAUCGACGGCCAGGAAACCACCCCCAAUGAAUACGUUCGUUCCAACACCAGGCCCGAGAAGUACAACCCAACUAAAUGGGUAAACACCCGCGAUGACAUGACCCCCGACAUGCCGGACUUCCGCUGCAACAAGGGCGCCUUUAGCUUCGCUGAUCAGACCCAGACGGCCGAGGUCAAGGCUGGAUCCAAGCUUGCCAUGAAGCUCGGUGUUGGUGCUACCAUGCAGCACCCUGGCCCUGGUCUCGUGUACAUGUCCAAGGCUCCCAGUGCAGCUAACCAGUACGAGGGUGACGGUGACUGGUUCAAGAUCCACGAGGAAGGCAUCUGCGACACGAGCAAGGACAUCAAGACCGAUGCGUGGUGCACCUGGGACAAGGAUCGUAUCGAGUUCACGAUCCCUGCUGACCUCCCGGAUGGAGAGUACCUUAUCCGGCCUGAACAUAUUGGUGUCCACGGAGCGCAUGACGGACAGGCUGAAUUUUACUACGAAUGCGCCCAGGUCAAGGUCACUGGCGGUGGCAACGGCUCUCCUGAUGCUACAAUCAAGUUCCCCGGUGGCUACCAGCAAGACGACCCUUCGUUCAACUUCAGCGUCUGGGGUGGCAUGAAGGACUAUCCUAUGCCUGGCCCUCCCGUCUGGACCGGUGGUUCUGCCUCUUCCUCCAGCUCCGGCUCUUCCUCCAGCUCCGGCUCUGCUUCCAAUGAAGGCAGUGCGGACUACUCCAGUGGCUACACCCAGGAGAAAGAGGCCAACACUUGCAGCAGCAGCCCCUACCGCCGCCGACAUGCUCGCGACUUCAGCGAGUAAGUACUGGCUACAACAGAAGACCGCGUUACCGCUGCUUAGAUGGUAAUAUUGGAUUUGCUGGGUAUUCCGAGGACUAC